GCUCAGAAAAAACAGUUCCCUGCAAUGUUUCUCUCGCUGCUUCUCCUUUCAAUACUAUCCCCCGCCAUUCUAGCCCUCGGUCUUGACCUUUUGACGGCCACCGCCGAAGAACUCUCGUAUCGCCUUAGUGCUAACCAAAUAUCCAGCGUUAGGCUAGUAGAAGCAUAUCUAGCACGGAUCGAAGCGCAUAACCACCAUGGUUUGAAUUUACGAGCUGUUAUCGAUGUCGCCCCGAGAAGGCUGUUACUUGACCAAGCAGCCCUGCUGGACCAUGAGAGAAGAAUUGGAAGGCUGAGAAGCCGAUUACAUGGGGUCCCGAUACUGGUGAAGGAUAGCAUCGCGACCCACCCGAGCCUAGGUAUGCAAACAACCGCUGGAUCCUUUGCUCUGGAAGGCACGAUCGUUCCCGAUGAUGCUGGGGUCGUUGCGAGGGUAAGUCUGGAGAGCUCGCGUGAAUUUUCUCGCUGAAAACUCUAACCACCGCAAAGCUUCGAAAAGCAGGUGUGAUAAUUAUCGGUAAAAGUAAUAUGUCGGUCAGUACUUGUAUCACUCACUCAUUUCUCCUUAGCGCCCCGCUUACCUUUGACAGGAAUGGGCCAACUUCCGGGCAUCCUUUGGCAAAAUACCAUCGGGGUGGUCAGCCCGUGGAGGUCAAACACGUUCCGCCUAUGUCACCGACCCGCUCUCACCAGAUUGGAAUCCUUCCGGCUCUUCGUCAGGUUCAGCUGUUGGCGUCUCGGCCGGAUUUUCUCCGCUCGCUCUUGGGACAGAGACCGAUGGCUCGAUUAUUAUGCCCGCUUCGUAUGCAGCAUUAUACGCCAUUAAACCCGCUGUAGGAAUUGUGCCGAUUGAUGGAGUGGUACCCGUCGGACCGAGCAUGGACUCUGUAGGAGUUAUGGGGAAGAGUGCAUGGGAUAUGGCCAUCACCUUAGGAGUCAUGGCAGGGGAGGAGGGUAAAUAUUUGGACGCGAUAUAUGAAGGAGUGGAAGGUUUGAGGAUAGGAAUUCUCAGGGAGGCCGGGUUCUGGGACGGGAAGGGGCUAGACCGACAAGUAUGUUUACCGCCAGUGUAAUCUAGGCUUCAUUCAAGCCUCUAUAUAUGUCGGAAUGCCAUUUGGCUAACUUGGGACUAGAUAAUAAAUGAAUCACUCGACGCACUCCAAAAGUUGGAAACCCUUGGAGCCGUGGUUGUAGAUCCAGUAUAUAUGCCAUCUGCCCCAGAGAUUCUGUUAGGCCCCGGCGAGAUGGCCGUGCUAGGUUCUUUCCUAAGCUCCCCUAGUCUCUCCCGCCACGAAUUAACAUCAAUCAGCAACCGAGUUCAAAGAAUCCCUUCCGUCGUAUCUUUCACCCCUCGGGAACACCACUAUCCGCACACUUUCAGACAUAAUAACAUUCAAUGUAAACCAUGCUCCACUAGAAAUGCCACCAAACCACUGCUGCCAAGAAAUAUUCCUCAUUGCAAACCACACCACUGGCACCAAAUCACCGGAAUAUCUCGCUGCGCUUACCUAUCUGCGCAAGCUCAGUCGGGAUGAAGGUAUCCAAUCGACGAUGAGGGGUUUUAACGUUGAUGUGCUAGUCAUACCAGCGGAUGCGUCCCGUUCAACCACAAUAUCAGCCGUGUCAGGGUGGCCGAUAGCAACCGUACCAGUCGGGGUGCUAGCGAGUAGCGGGAGGCCUUUCGGGUUGGCUUUUUUCACCUCUGGGGCAGGUGGUGGGGGAGAAGAACGGUUGAUGAGGCUCAUGGGAGACUGGUGGAGGGUUGCCGGGGAAAGAAGUGUCCCAGGGAGGUUACGGAAAAAUCUUCUAUAGUAGAAACUUUAAGCGCAUCUGUAGCGGCUAUUCGAUCGCGAGGGGCAUUUACUCCAGUACGCUUGAGUAGGCUGCUUAGUUUGCGUCUAACGACCCAGCCCGUGACCCUAAGCUGUCACGCACCACCGAACUGUGGUAUAUCCCAAGACUAGACUUCUUGAGUCAAAAAAUAGGUGCCAACCAGUUAGGUCAUAUAUCGGAACUCCUGAACUUUGGACUUAUGCUUUUUUAGGGAGAAGGGUGAUGAGUAACUUUUCCUUGCCGGGCGCACAGCCCUCGCCGCCCACCCAACUAAGCCGGGGAGGGGGGCUGUUAGGGUCUCAUACUUUUGAUUAUUAGAAGCUCUAAUUCAUAAUCCCCAGCAAGAAGCUUGUGAAUACUAAAAUAUGGAGCCCAGUUUCCAGUCU